AUGAGCAAACUGAUAAGGCUGCGGUCGUGGGACCAAGGAUCAUCUCCAACAGAGCUUAAUAGCCAAUUGGAGCCGUUGCCUAUUAUUCAAAGAGAAAUUGGGGGUUUCCCCUGGGCUCAUAUCGCAUUGGGUUUGGCGUUGGCUGCGUGCUUAGUCGGAUUGUUUGUGGCCGUGUUGCCAACCACAUUGCAGUCCCUGACUCGGCUCGGGGGCUGCAUCACCUCCGAAUCCCGAUUGCCGCCUAUGAUGGAUGGAUAUUGGGCGAUUCCGCUCGGCUUAAUUUGGUACGGCUGGCCCGCACAGGCCCAUACCCACUGGAUUGUGCCCAUCCUUGGAACCAGGGCCUUCGGGGUCAAGGUGAUCAUGAGCUUCAUGUCGGCUAACACUUACAUGGGGGACUCUAAUCUGAUCCAUGCAGCUUCUGUGAGCGUGGCUAGUACCGCUGUGCGAUCUUGGUCGGCGCUGUUCUACCUCUCGCAGAACCAUCGAUGA